CCGGCGAAACGCGGCGAACCCCGCAUAACGAUCGGAGCCGCGUCGCUCUACGCUCCCUCCGACCCUCCCCAGCGACGAGUAAACCGAGGGGCGGAGGUCACCGGAGGCAUCGCCCGCCAUGUUGCGCAGGAGCGUGCGAGAUCUGUACUCGCUGCGGUCCCGCACGAGGAUCCCCAGACCGAUCUCCAGCGAGGUCCAAAGUCCAACAUUCCUUCAAUCCAGAAGAAACUCAACAAAAGCAUCUCAACAGAGUUCGGCACAGAAUCCUGUCCCGAAACCUCAAGAACAACCUCCUCAGUCUGGAAGCAAGGUUUCAAAGCUUCUGCUUGGAACUGUGGUAGUUGGUGCUGCUGCUGUGGCUGCUCAUCAAGCUGGCUACAUAGAUCUUCAGCUUAAGGAUAAAAAAUUGCCUUCGACCAUCAGGGAUCAAAAUUUCACAAAGAUGUAUGAAAAUCUGAAGUCCCCCUUUGAACAAAAGGUUGAUCAGAAACAAACCAUGUCAGAUCCAAACAAUGGCAUUGCUCAGGAAACACCCAAGGACCUUCCAACUAAAGAGAUGAAUGCAGCAGAGAGUCCAGCUGCUGUUGAGCAGCCUACUCCCACAGAAGAGAAAGAAACAGAAACUCUCACCCAAGUUCAAGAUAAGCAUGAGUCUGAUGCUAAAUUGCCAUCUCAAGAUACUCUCUCUUUUCAUACAAAGCCAAAUGUCGUUAAUGAUAAGGCAGCCAGUGAAGUUGCUCCAGGACAAUCGGACAAGUUAGACAGCACAGUUUCUCAUUUGCAAUCAAGCCCGUCAAUGGCUGGUCCAUCCCAUGAUUCGCACGCAGAUACGGAUGCACCAAAGGAUCCAUUCGCUGCUGAUGCAGGUGAACAGAAAUCUCUUGCUGAGACAUAUUUACUACAGGAGGAACCUGGCAUUACUAAAGAUGUGAGUGCUAAGGAGACUAGAAGUGAUGGCGUUGUUGAUGGUGUAAAAGCUUCUGAUGAUGGGAAAAUUAUGCUCGAUGUUAUAGAGGCUAUUCAUGCUGCUGAAAAAAAGCAGGCAGAUGCAGAUGCUUACAAGUAUUCCGAAGAGAAAAGGAAGUUGAAGGAGAAAUACGAAACGCAGCUGAAGGACACCAGGGCUCGGGAGCUUAUGCGCAUGGAGGAGGUAGCAAUUCUGGAUAAGGAACUGAAGAAAGAGAAAGACAAGGCUGCUGCCGCUAUUAAAGAACUUAAAGAAAAAUCUGAAAAAAAACUAGCGGAGGAGUUGCAACAGAAGGAUGAGGAAGCAAGUCAAGAAGUUGAGAAGGUAAAGGAGUUGGCAAAAGCUGAACUGGCUGCAGCUCUCGCAAAAGAGAAAGCAUCCCAGAUCGAACAGAUUGCUGAAGCAAAUCUCAAUAUAGAUGCUUUGUGCAUGGCAUUCUAUGCACGGUCCGAAGAAGCUCGUCAGAGUCAUUCAGUUCAUAAGCUUGCUCUAGGCACUCUUGCUCUAGAAGAAGCUCUAUCCAGUGGCUCACCAAUCCGGACAGAGGUGGAUCUUUUGCGUAAAUCUCUUGAAGGCAUUGACAAAGAUUCACUCUUAGAAUUGGCUCUUUCAUCGCUCCCAGAAGAUGUUCUCGAGUAUGGAUCAGAUACCCGAAUGGAGUUAAAACAAAAGUUCAAUUCCUUGAAGGAAACAAUCAGGCAUUUCAGCCUUAUACCAUCAGGUGGUGGAGGCAUCCUGACACAUGCUGUUGCUCAUGUCGCUUCUACCAUCAAGAUCAAAGAGGAUCAAUCUGGAGAUGGUAUCGAGUCCCUUAUAAGCAGAGUGGAGAACUUGAUUGUAGCUGGAGACUUGAGUGCAGCGGCCGAUGCUCUGACAGGAGGGCUGCAAGGGACUGAAGCAGAGGAAAUUGCUUCCGAGUGGGUGAACCAAGCAAAGAAACGUGCAAUAGCAGAGCAGACCCUUGCGCUGCUUCACUCGUAUGCCUCUUCGAUUACAUUUUCCUGAUCUUGAUCACCAUUUCCCCCUUUUUCGGAGAGAUUUACAUGCCAGUUGCAGACGUACAAUACCCUGCGUGUUCCAUGUUGCAAAAGCAUGAUCCUAGUCCUCCCUGUAAACAGAGAGAAUAAGUUUUGCGGUAUAGCUACUGGAUACCUUGCUAUUGUAGUCACCAGAGAAAAGGCUACGUUCGGAUAGAUCUCUCAACAUUUUUGCUGAAGAUGAAACCUUAAUCCUGCAACACCAA